UGGAAUGGCGGUUUAUAAAAUGAAGUUGUUUGUAUAUGUUUAUAAUGGUUGAACCAUGGAGGAAAAAUCUAAUGGUUUGACCCAGAAGGAUUUUAGAAAUUUGAAAACAUAUUUGUCGCUCAUUAUUACAGGCACUCUGAAUGUAUACAGGACCCCCAACGAUGGGGAUAUAAAUGCCGGAGAGUUGAUUUUCACAGUAAGCGGCCAAAGAACAAACUCAACUUCAUGGCUCCAGAUAAAUGUAGACAUAUUUAAUAUAUCAAGCUUCAAGAUAGCAGUGGAAGCGAUAACUGGAUUGACUGAUUUUUCUGAUAUUGCAAUUGAUGGCGUGUCAAUUUCACCUGAUACUGAUAUGACAUCCCCGGUUUUUGAUUAUGAUACAUGUCCAAUGGGACUGAACGCAACAGCAGAUCCAGAUACAGGAUAUGCUACUUUGACAUGGAAUCUAACAGCAACAGAUAACUCUGGUGAGGAACCUACUGUCACCUGUUUUCCUGCUGAGGGAAGCUUUCCAAUAGGAGUAACUGAAGUAACUUGUACAGCUAUGGAUGGUGCCACACCACCUAAUAAUGCAUCAGACUGCACCUUUAAUGUCACUGUUACUGAUGUAACAGCACCAGAGUUUGAUGCUGAUGUUUGUAGAAAUGGCAUUGAUGUAACUGCAGCAACAGACAGCCAGUACGCCAUUGUCACAUGGAAUAUAACAGCAACAGAUAACUCUGGUGUGGAACCAAUCGUCACAUGUUUUCCUGCUGAGGGAAACUUUCCAAUAGGAGAAACUGAAGUAACAUGUUCAGCUAUGGAUGAGUUUGAUGCUGAUGUUUGUAGAAACGGCAUUGAUGUGAAUGCAGCCACAAACAGCCAGUACGCUAUUGUCACAUGGAAUAUAACAGCAACAGAUAACUCUGAGUUUGAUGCUGAUGUUUGUCGAAAUGGCAUUGAUGUAACUGCAGCAACAGACAGCCAGUUCGCUAAUGUCACAUGGAAUAUAACAGCAACAGAUAACUCUGGUGAGGAACCAAUUGUCACAUGUUUUCCUGCUGAGGGAAACUUUCCAAUAGGAGUAACUGAAGUAACUUGUACAGCUAUGGAUGGUGCCACACUGCCUAAUAAUGCAUCAGACUGCACCUUUAAUGUCACUGUUACUGAUGCAACAGCACCAGAGUUUGAUGCUGAUGUUUGUAGAAAUGGCAUUGAUGUAACUGCAGCCACAGACAGCCAGUACACUAUUGUCACAUGGAAUAUAACAGCAACAGAUAACUCUGGUGUGGAACCAACCGUCACAUGUUUUCCUGCUGAGGAAAACUUUCCAAUAGGAGUAACUGAAGUAACCUGUACAGCUAUGGAUGGUGCCACACUGCCUAAUAAUGCAUCAGACUGCACCUUUAAUGUCACUGUUACUGAUGUAACAGCACCAGAGUUUGAUGCUGAUGUUUGUAGAAACGGCAUUGAUGUGAAUGGAGCCACAAACAGCCAGUACACUAUUGUCACAUGGAAUAUAACAGCAUCAGAUAACUCUGGUUUGGAACCAACCGUCACAUGUUUUCCUGCUGAGGGAAGCUUUCCAAUAGGAGUAACUGAAGUAACAUGUACAGCAUUUGAUGGUGCCACACUGCCUAACAAUGCAUCAGACUGCACCUUUAAUGUCACUGUUACUGAUGUAACAGCACCAGAGUUUGAUGCUGAUGUUUGUCGAAAUGGCAUUGAUGUAACUGCAGCAACAGACAGCCAGUUCGCUAAUGUCACAUGGAAUAUAACAGCAACAGAUAACUCUGGUGAGGAACCAAUCGUCACAUGUUUUCCUGCUGAGGGAAACUUUCCAAUAGGAGUAACUGAAGUAACAUGUACAGCAUUUGAUGGUACCACACCACCUAAUAAUGCAUCAGACUGCACCUUUAAUGUCACUGUUACUGAUGUAACAGCACCAGAAUUUGAUGCUGAUGUUUGUAGAAAUGGCAUUGAUGUAACUGCAGCAACAGACAGCCAGUUCGCUAAUGUCACAUGGAAUAUAACAGCAACAGAUAACUCUGGUGAGGAACCAACCGUCUCAUGUUUUCCUGCUGCGGGAAACUUUCCAAUUGGAGUAACCGAAGUAACAUGUACAGCAUUUGAUGGUGCCACACCACCUAAUAAUGCAUCAGACUGCACCUUUAAUGUCACUGUUACUGAUGUAACAGCACCAGAGUUUGAUGCUGAUGUUUGUAGAAAUGGCAUUGAUGUAACUGCAGCAACAGACAGCCAGUUCGCUAAUGUCACAUGGAAUAUAACAGCAACAGAUAACUCUGGUGAGGAACCAAUCGUCACAUGUUUUCCUGCUGAGGGAAACUUUCCAAUAGGAGUAACUGAAGUAACAUGUACAGCAUUUGAUGGUGCCACACCACCUAAUAAUGCAUCAGACUGCACCUUUAAUGUCACUGUUACUGAUGUAACAGCACCAGAGUUUGAUGCUGAUGUUUGUAGAAAUGGCAUUGAUGUAACUGCAGCCACAGACAGCCAGUACACUAUUGUCACAUGGAAUAUAACAGCAUCAGAUAACUCUGGUGUGGAACCAACCGUCACAUGUUUUCCUGCUGAGGGAAACUUUCCAAUAGGAGUAACCGAAGUAACAUGUACAGCAUUUGAUGGUGCCACACCACCUAAUAAUGCAUCAGACUGCACCUUUAAUGUCACUGUUACUGAUGUAACAGCACCAGAGUUUGAUGCUGAUGUUUGUCGAAAUGGCAUUGAUGUAACUGCAGCAACAGACAGCCAGUUCGCUAAUGUCACAUGGAAUAUAACAGCAACAGAUAACUCUGGUGAGGAACCAAUCGUCACAUGUUUUCCUGCUGAGGGAAACUUUCCAAUAGGAGUAACUGAAGUAACAUGUACAGCAUUUGAUGGUGCCACACCACCUAAUAAUGCAUCAGACUGCACCUUUAAUGUCACUGUUACUGAUGUAACAGCACCAGAGUUUGAUGCUGAUGUUUGUAGAAAUGGCAUUGAUGUAACUGCAGCCACAGACAGCCAGUACACUAUUGUCACAUGGAAUAUAACAGCAUCAGAUAACUCUGGUGUGGAACCAACCGUCACAUGUUUUCCUGCUGAGGGAAACUUUCCAAUAGGAGUAACUGAAGUAACUUGUACAGCUAUGGAUGGUGCCACACUGCCUAAUAAUGCAUCAGACUGCACCUUUAAUGUCACUGUUACUGAUGUAACAGCACCAGAGUUUGAUGCUGAUGUUUGUAGAAAUGGCAUUGAUGUAACUGCAGCCACAGACAGCCAGUACACUAUUGUCACAUGGAAUAUAACAGCAACAGAUAACUCUGGUGUGGAACCAACCGUCACAUGUUUUCCUGCUGAGGAAAACUUUCCAAUAGGAGUAACUGAAGUAACCUGUACAGCUAUGGAUGGUGCCACACUGCCUAAUAAUGCAUCAGACUGCACCUUUAAUGUCACUGUUACUGAUGUAACAGCACCAGAGUUUGAUGCUGAUGUUUGUAGAAACGGCAUUGAUGUGAAUGGAGCCACAAACAGCCAGUACACUAUUGUCACAUGGAAUAUAACAGCAUCAGAUAACUCUGGUUUGGAACCAACCGUCACAUGUUUUCCUGCUGAGGGAAGCUUUCCAAUAGGAGUAACUGAAGUAACAUGUACAGCAUUUGAUGGUGCCACACUGCCUAACAAUGCAUCAGACUGCACCUUUAAUGUCACUGUUACUGAUGUAACAGCACCAGAGUUUGAUGCUGAUGUUUGUAGAAACGGCAUUGAUACAGCUGCACCAACAGAUAACCGUUACGCUAUUGUCACAUGGAAUAUAACAGCAACAGAUAACUCUGGUGAGGAACCAACCGUCACAUGUUUUCCUGCUGAGGGAAACUUUCCAAUAGGAGUAACUGAAGUAACCUGUACAGCUAUGGAUGGUGCCACACUGCCUAAUAAUGCAUCAGACUGCACCUUUAAUGUCACUGUUACUGAUGUAACAGCACCAGAGUUUGAUGCUGAUGUUUGUAGAAACGGCAUUGAUGUGAAUGCAGCCACAAACAGCCAGUACGCUAUUGUCACAUGGAAUAUAACAGCAACAGAUAACUCUGGUGAGGAACCAACCGUCACAUGUUUUCCUGCUGAGGGAACUUUUGCAAUAGGAGUAACUGAAGUAACAUGUACAGCUAUGGAUGGUGCCACACCACCUAAUAAUGCAUCAGACUGCACCUUUAAUGUCACUGUUACUGAUGUAACAGCACCAGAGUUUGAUGCUGAUGUUUGUAGAAAUGGCAUUGAUGUAACUGCAGCAACAGACAGCCAGUACACUAUUGUCACAUGGAAUAUAACGGCAACAGAUAACUCUGGUGAGGAACCAACCGUCACAUGUUUUCCUGCUGAGGGAAACUUUCCAAUAGGAGUAACUGAAGUAACUUGUACAGCUAUGGAUGGUGCCACACUGCCUAAUAAUGCAUCAGACUGCACCUUUAACGCCACUGUGACUGAUGUAACAGCACCAGAGUUUGAUGCUGGUGUUUGUAGAAAUGGCAUUGAUGUGAAUGCAGCAACAAACAGCCAGUUCGCUAAUGUCACAUGGAAUAUAACAGCAUCAGAUAACUCUGGUGAGGAACCCACCGUCACAUGUUUUCCUGCUGAGGGAAACUUUGCAAUAGGAGUUACUGAAGUAGAAUGUACAGCUAUGGAUGGUGCCACACCACCUAAUAAUGCAUCAGACUGCACCUUUAAUGUCACUGUUACUGAUGUAACAGCACCAGAGUUUGAUGCUGAUGUUUGUAGAAAUGGCAUUGAUGUAACUGCAGCCACAGACAGCCAGUACACUAUUGUCACAUGGAAUAUAACAGCAUCAGAUAACUCUGGUGUGGAACCAACCGUCACAUGUUUUCCUGCUGAGGGAAACUUUCCAAUAGGAGUAACUGAAGUAACUUGUACAGCUAUGGAUGGUGCCACACUGCCUAAUAAUGCAUCAGACUGCACCUUUAAUGUCACUGUUACUGAUGUAACAGCACCAGAGUUUGAUGCUGAUGUUUGUAGAAAUGGCAUUGAUGUAACUGCAGCCACAGACAGCCAGUACACUAUUGUCACAUGGAAUAUAACAGCAACAGAUAACUCUGGUGUGGAACCAACCGUCACAUGUUUUCCUGCUGAGGAAAACUUUCCAAUAGGAGUAACUGAAGUAACCUGUACAGCUAUGGAUGGUGCCACACUGCCUAAUAAUGCAUCAGACUGCACCUUUAAUGUCACUGUUACUGAUGUAACAGCACCAGAGUUUGAUGCUGAUGUUUGUAGAAACGGCAUUGAUGUGAAUGGAGCCACAAACAGCCAGUACACUAUUGUCACAUGGAAUAUAACAGCAUCAGAUAACUCUGGUUUGGAACCAACCGUCACAUGUUUUCCUGCUGAGGGAAGCUUUCCAAUAGGAGUAACUGAAGUAACAUGUACAGCAUUUGAUGGUGCCACACUGCCUAACAAUGCAUCAGACUGCACCUUUAAUGUCACUGUUACUGAUGUAACAGCACCAGAGUUUGAUGCUGAUGUUUGUAGAAACGGCAUUGAUACAGCUGCACCAACAGAUAACCGUUACGCUAUUGUCACAUGGAAUAUAACAGCAACAGAUAACUCUGGUGAGGAACCAACCGUCACAUGUUUUCCUGCUGAGGGAACUUUUGCAAUAGGAGUAACUGAAGUAACAUGUACAGCUAUGGAUGGUGCCACACCACCUAAUAAUGCAUCAGACUGCACCUUUAAUGUCACUGUUACUGAUGUAACAGCACCAGAGUUUGAUGCUGAUGUUUGUAGAAAUGGCAUUGAUGUAACUGCAGCAACAGACAGCCAGUACACUAUUGUCACAUGGAAUAUAACGGCAACAGAUAACUCUGGUGAGGAACCAACCGUCACAUGUUUUCCUGCUGAGGGAAACUUUCCAAUAGGAGUAACUGAAGUAACUUGUACAGCUAUGGAUGGUGCCACACUGCCUGAUAAUGCAUCAGACUGCACCUUUAAUGCCACUGUGACUGAUGUAACAGCACCAGAGUUUAAUGCUGAUGUUUGUAGAAAUGGCAUUGAUGUGAAUGCAGCAACAGACAGCCAGUUCGCUUAUGUCACAUGGAAUAUAACAGCAUCAGAUAACUCUGGUGAGGAACCCACCGUCACAUGUUUUCCUGCUGAGGGAAACUUUGCAAUAGGAGUUACUGAAGUAGAAUGUACAGCUAUGGAUGGUGCCACACCACCUAAUAAUGCAUCAGACUGCACCUUUAAUGUCACUGUUACUGAUGUAACAGCACCAGAGUUUGAUGCUGAUGUUUGUAGAAAUGGCAUUGAUGUAACUGCAGCCACAGACAGCCAGUACACUAUUGUCACAUGGAAUAUAACAGCAACAGAUAACUCUGGUGUGGAACCAACCGUCACAUGUUUUCCUGCUGAGGAAAACUUUGCAAUAGGAGUAACUGAAGUAACUUGUACAGCUAUGGAUGGUGCCACACUGCCUAACAAUGCAUCAGCCUGUACCUUUAAUGUCACUGUUACUGAUGUAACAGCACCAGAGUUUGAUAAUGAUGUUUGUAGAAACGGCAUUGAUACAGCUGCACCAACAGAUAACCGUUACGCUAUUGUCACAUGGAAUAUAACAGCAACAGAUAACUCUGGUGAGGAACCAACCGUCACAUGUUUUCCUGCUGAGGGAAACUUUCCAAUAGGAGUAACUGAAGUAACCUGUACAGCUUUGGAUGGUGCCACACUGCCUAAUAAUGCAUCAGACUGCACCUUUAAUGUCACUGUUACUGAUGUAACAGCACCAGAGUUUGAUGCUGAUGUUUGUAGAAACGGCAUUGAUGUGAAUGCAGCCACAAACAGCCAGUACGCUAUUGUCACAUGGAAUAUAACAGCAACAGAUAACUCUGGUUUGGAACCAACCGUCUCAUGUUUUCCUGCUGCGGGAAACUUUCCAAUUGGAGUAACUGAAGUAACAUGUACAGCAUUUGAUGGUGCCACACCACCUAAUAAUGCAUCAGACUGCACCUUUAAUGUCACUGUUACUGAUGUAACAGCACCAGAGUUUGAUGCUGAUGUUUGUAGAAACGGCAUUGAUAUAGCUGGACCAACAGAUAACCGUUACGCUAUUGUCACAUGGAAUAUAACAGCAACGGAUAACUCUGGUGAGGAACCAACCAUCACAUGUUUUCCUGCUGAUGGAAGCUUUCCAAUAGGAGUAACUGAAGUAACAUGUACAGCAUUUGAUGGUGCCACACUGCCUAACAAUGCAUCAGACUGCACCUUUAAUGUCACUGUUACUGAUGUAACAGCACCAGAGUUUGAUGCUGAUGUUUGUAGAAACGGCAUUGAUACAGCUGCACCAACAGAUAACCGUUACGCUAUUGUCACAUGGAAUAUAACAGCAACAGAUAACUCUGGUGAGGAACCAACCGUCACAUGUUUUCCUGCUGAGGGAAACUUUCCAAUAGGAGUAACUGAAGUAACCUGUACAGCUAUGGAUGGUGCCACACUGCCUAAUAAUGCAUCAGACUGCACCUUUAAUGUCACUGUUACUGAUGUAACAGCACAAGAGUUUGAUGCUGAUGUUUGUAGAAACGGCAUUGAUGUGAAUGCAGCCACAAACAGCCAGUACGCUAUUGUCACAUGGAAUAUAACAGCAACAGAUAACUCUGGUGAGGAACCAACCGUCACAUGUUUUCCUGCUGAGGGAAACUUUCCAAUAGGAGUAACUGAAGUAACCUGUACAGCUAUGGAUGGUGCCACACUGCCUAAUAAUGCAUCAGACUGCACCUUUAAUGUCACUGUUACUGAUGUAACAGCACCAGAGUUUGAUGCUGAUGUUUGUAGAAACGGCAUUGAUGUGAAUGCAGCCACAAACAGCCAGUACGCUAUUGUCACAUGGAAUAUAACAGCGACAGAUAACUCUGGUGAGGAACCAACCGUCACAUGUUUUCCUGCUGAGGGAAACUUUCCAAUAGGAGUAACUGAAGUAACAUGUACAGCUAUGGAUGGUGCCACACUGCCUAAUAAUGCAUCAGACUGCACCUUUAAUGUCACUGUUACUGAUGUAACAGCACCAGAGUUUGAUGCUGAUGUUUGUAGAAACGGCAUUGAUGUGAAUGCAGCCACAGACAGCCAGUUCGCUAAUGUCACAUGGAAUAUAACAGCAACAGAUAGCUCUGGUGAGGAACCAACCGUCACAUGUUUUCCUGCUGAGGGAAACUUUCCAAUAGGAGUAACUAAAGUAACCUGUACAGCUAUGGAUGGUGCCACACCACCUAAUAAUGCAUCAGACUGCACCUUUAAUGUCACUGUUACUGAUGUAACAGCACCAGAGUUUGAUGCUGAUGUUUGUAGAAAUGGCAUUGAUGUAACUGCAGCAACAGACAGCCAGUUCGCUAAUGUCACAUGGAAUAUAACAGCAACAGAUAACUCUGGUGAGGAACCAACCGCCACAUGUUUUCCUGCUGAGGGAAACUUUCCAAUAGGAGUAAAUAAAGUAACCUGUACAGCUAUGGAUGGUGCCACACUGCCUAAUAAUGCAUCAGACUGCACCUUUAAUGUCACUGUUACUGAUGUAACAGCACCAGAGUUUGAUGCUGAUGUUUGUAGAAACGGCAUUGAUGUGAAUGCAGCCACAGACAGCCAGUUCGCUAAUGUCACAUGGAAUAUAACAGCAACAGAUAACUCUGGUGAGGAACCAACCGUCUCAUGUUUUCCUGCUGAGGGAAACUUUCCAAUAGGAGUAACUGAAGUAACCUGUACAGCUAUGGAUGGUGCCACACUACCUAAUAAUGCAUCAGACUGCACCUUUAAUGUCACUGUUACUGAUGGAAUAGCACCAGAGUUUGAUGCUGAUGUUUGUAGAAAUGGCAUUGAUGUAACUGCAGCAACAGACAGCCAGUACGCUAUUGUCACAUGGAAUAUAACAGCAACAGAUAACUCUGGUGUGGAACCAACCGUCACAUGUUUUCCUGCUGAGGGAAGCUUUCCAAUAGGAGUAACUGAAGUAACAUGUACAGCUAUGGAUGGUUCCACACUGCCUAAUAAUGCAUCAGACUGCACCUUUAAUGUCACUGUUACUGAUGUAACAGCACCAGAGUUUGAUGCUGAUGUUUGUAGAAACGGCAUUGAUAUAGCUGCACCAACAGAUAACCGUUAUGCUAUUGUCACUUGGAAUAUAACAGCAACAGAUAACUCUGGUGUGGAACCAACCGUCUCAUGUUUUCCUGCUGAGGGAAACUUUCCAAUAGGAGUAACUGAAGUAACCUGUACAGCUAUGGAUGGUGCCACACUGCCUAAUAAUGCAUCAGACUGCACCUUUAAUGUCACUGUUACUGAUGGAAUAGCACCAGAGUUUGUUGCUGAUGUUUGUAGAAAUGGCAUUGAUGUAACUGCAGCAACAGACAGCCAGUACGCUAUUGUCACAUGGAAUAUAACGGCAACAGAUAACUCUGGUGUGGAACCAACCGUCACAUGUUUUCCUGCUGAGGGAAGCUUUCCAAUAGGAGUAACUGAAGUAACAUGUACAGCUAUAGAUGGUUCCACACUGCCUAAUAAUGCAUCAGACUGCACCUUUAAUGUCAUUGUUACUGAUGUAACAGCACCAGAGUUUGAUGCUGAUGUUUGUAGAAACGGCAUUGAUAUAGCUGCACCAACAGAUAACCGUUACGCUAUUGUCACAUGGAAUAUAACAGCAACGGAUAACUCUGGUGAGGAACCAACCGUCUCAUGUUUUCCUGCUGAGGGAAACUUUCCAAUAGGAGUAACUGAAGUAACCUGUACAGCUAUGGAUGGUGCCACACUGCCUAAUAAUGCAUCAGACUGCACCUUUAAUGUCACUGUUACUGAUGUAACAGCACCAGAGUUUGAUGCUGAUGUUUGUAGAAACGGCAUUGAUGUGAAUGCAGCCACAGACAGCCAGUUCGCUAAUGUCACAUGGAAUAUAACAGCAACAGAUAACUCUGGUGAGGAACCAACCGUCACAUGUUUUCCUGCUGAGGGACACUUUGCAAUAGGAGUAACUGAAGUAACCUGUACAGCUAUGGAUGGUGCCACACUGCCUAAUUAUGCAUCAGACUGCACCUUUAAUGUCACUGUUACUGAUGUAACAGCACCAGAGUUUGAUGCUGAUGUUUGUAGAAACGGCAUUGAUGUAACUGCAGCAACAGACAGCCAGUACGCUAUUGUCACAUGGAAUAUAACAGCAACAGAUAACUCUGGUGAGGAACCAACCGUCACAUGUUUUCCUGCUGAUGGAAGCUUUCCAAUAGGAGUAACUGAAGUAACAUGUACAGCUAUGGAUGGUGCCUCACUGCCUAAUUAUGCAUCAGACUGCACCUUUAAUGUCACUGUUACUGAUGUAGCAGCACCAGAGUUUGAUGCUGAUGUUUGUAGAAACGGCAUUGAUGUAACUGCAGCAACAGACAGCCAGUACGCUAUUGUCACAUGGAAUAUAACAGCAACAGAUAACUCUGGUGUGGAACCAACCGUCACAUGUUUUCCUGCUGAGGGACACUUUGCAAUAGGAGUAACUGAAGUAACUUGUACAGCUAUGGAUGGUGCCACACUGCCUAAUUAUGCAUCAGACUGCACCUUCAAUGUCACUGUUACUGAUGUAACAGCACCAGAGUUUGAUGCUGAUGUUUGUAGAAAUGGCAUUGAUGUAACUGCAGCAACAGACAGCCAGUACACUAUUGUCACAUGGAAUAUAACAGCAUCAGAUAACUCUGGUGAGGAACCAACCGUCACAUGUUUUCCUGCUGAGGGAAGCUUUCCAAUAGGAGUUACUGAAGUAACAUGUACAGCUAUGGAUGGUGCCACACUGCCUAACAAUGCAUCAGACUGCACCUUUAAUGUCACUGUUACUGAUGUAACAGCACCAGAGUUUGAUGCUGAUGUUUGUAGAAAUGGCAUUGAUGUAACUGCAGCAACAGACAGCCAGUACACUAUUGUCACAUGGAAUAUAACAGCAUCAGAUAACUCUGGUGUGGAACCAACCGUCACAUGUUUUCCUGCUGAGGGAAGCUAUUCAAUAGGAGUUACUGAAGUAACAUGUACAGCUAUGGAAGGUGCCACACUGCCUAACAAUGCAUCAGACUGCACCUUUAAUGUCACUGUUACUGAUGUAACAGCACCAGAGUUUGAUGCUGAUGUUUGUAGAAAUGGCAUUGAUGUAACUGCAGCAACAGACAGCCAGUACGCUUUUGUCACAUGGAAUAUAACAGCAACAGAUAACUCUGGUGAGGAACCAACCGUCACAUGUUUUCCUGCUGAGGGAAACUUUCCAAUAGGAGUAACUGAAGUAAACUGUACAGCUAUGGAUGGUGCCACAACACCUAAUACUGCAUCAGACUGCACCUUCAAUGUCACUGCUACUGAUGUGACACGACCUGUGUCGCCUUUAUUUGAUUCUUGUCCAAGUGACAUUAUUGCAUACACCUACAGCCCAGCACUAACUAUUCCAAUUACAUGGGAAUUGCCAACUGCUGUUAUGGGAAGUUCAGGAAACCCUGCUACUGUUUCAUGUUCUAUGCAGCCAGGUAAUUUCUUUGUCGGACAGCAAACAGUCAUCUGUACAGCCACAGAUGGAGUAAAUCCUACAAGUUCAUCGUCAGAUUGCUCUUUUGUUGUUUCUGUAAAAGUUGGGAAGUUAAUACGAUUUACGUUUGUGAUUGUUGCUGAUAACGGACAAACAAUGGUCUUCACAUCUUCUUUGAUGAAUUCAUUAUCCUCGGAGUUCAUACAGCUGCGAAAUAGACUUCAUUUGAUACUCAAGUCUCUUCUAUCAGUUCUACCAGAUCUUGGUCAUGUCCAAGUACUUGACUUUUACUCCGGGAGUGUAGGGGUGUAUGGCUUAAGUGGGUUCCCCAUUAACUCAUCCGUCGAGGAAGUGGAUGUUGAGAAUGCUCUACGCCAGUCGAUCACAUCAGAUAACAUGUUAGGGACCUCUGGAUUGACUGUCUAUUCUUCAACAGUUAGUACACAGGAAUUGUGUAGAGAAGGAUUCUGCUUAAACGGAGGGACAUGCAGUGUACAAGUAACCAGCUUCAUAAGUAUUUGCAGCUGCACUGCAGACUAUGUUGGUACUUACUGUCAGACACUGCAAACAGUGGAUUCUCAGAGUGGUGGGAUCAUUGCAGUUAUUGUUACAGGGAGCGUCAUGCUAAUGUGUGUAUGCAUCUUCGCUGUGUUAGCAAUAUGCAUCCAUGUGAAUAGAUUGCAUAGAAACAGUCACAUGGGAAGUAUGUAUCAUGAUAGGCCACUGGAUGAACUACCACCAAGGCUACGUGUCCAAGCUGGCAAAGGAGAUCGGUGUUAUCGCUCCUCACAAAGGACUCGAGACAGAAGAUACAUUGAUGAUGACUUUAUACUUCCCUACGUUGUUCAAAAAACACAAACUUUACAUGGACUGGAUUGUGAGAAUGAUGCAUACUAUUACUAGACAGGCUGCACGGGAAAUACUCUUAAACACAUUGGACACUGUUGGUAAUUGUCAAAGACCAGUCUUCUCACUUGGUGUAUCUCAAC